AUGCCCCACAGCUCUGACAGCAGUGACUCCAGCAGCUUCAGCCAGUCUCCCCCUCCCAGCAAGCAGGACUCUUCUGAUGACAUGAGGAAAGUCCAAAGGAGGGAGAAGAAUCGCAUUGCUGCCCAGAAGAGCCGCCUGAGGCAGACCCAGAAAGCAGACACACUGCACUUGGAGAGCGAGGACUUGGAGAGGCAGAACGCUGCCCUGCGCCGGGAGAUCAAGCAGCUGACAGAGGAGAUGAAGCACUUUGCCUCAAUGCUGAGCUCCCACGAACCUCUCUGCUCUAUACUGACCUCCCCUCCACCACCUCCAGAAGUGCUUUAUGCCACACACUCCUUCCACCAGCCCCACAUCAGCUCCCCACGCUUCCAGCACUGA